AAGACAAGAGGGGGCGUGGGCGGCGACCUGAAUGCAUCAAUCAUGGCGCUUAGCACGAAUGGAAGGAUCAGUCUUUACUGCUUCUGUUUAGCGUCUAGCGUCGUGCUUAUUUCUUUAACUGGUGCCUUAGGUCGGCUACUCCACUAUGUUGUCGAAGACUACUGGCUCCUUCUCGCUACGGUGUACUCCACGUGUAUUCACUCUGCCCUGUACAUUUUUUACAAACCCCGCGGAAAUGCGUAUAAGGUCGUAUGGAGAGCUGCACUGCUUGGCACCGGGAUGGGGCUUGGUAUCCUCACCAGUGUCCAUGGGCCUCACUCGUGGCGGGUGUUCGGCUGGUACCUGGCACUGCUCAGCAGCUUCCACUUCUCCGAGUACUUUGUCACAGCAGUCACAAACCCCAAGGCACUGACUCUCGACUCAUUUCUGCUGAACCACAGUCGAGAAUAUGGUGUUGCAGCGGCAUGCAGCUGGCUAGAAUUCCUCAUUGAGAGAUCCAUCGCUUCUGGCCUGAAGCAAAUAUGGUGGAUCAGCUACAUGGGCCUGACAAUGUGCGUGGUCGGUGAAGGGUUGCGUAAAGCAGCCAUGCUCACAGCAGGCACCAACUUCAACCACAUCAUACAAAACCACCGGGAGCAGGGUCACGUGCUGGUCACCCAUGGCGUGUACGCCCUGUGUCGGCAUCCAUCCUAUGUCGGCUGGUUCCUGUGGUCUAUCGGCACUCAGGUUGUCCUGGUCAACCCAAUCUGCACUGUGGCCUAUACUCUUGCAUCGUGGAAGUUUUUCAGGACAAGGGUUGAGGAGGAAGAGAUAACACUGCUGACCUUCUUUGGUGAAGAUUAUGUGCAAUACCAGAAGCGGACUUGUACAGGCCUCCCCUUCAUUCGUGGCUUUCGUGCUGAAGUCUGAACCUUGUGGGGGCUUUUUUUUAUGGGGGGAGGGGCGAAUUAACUCCCAGAAUCUGAGUUGACGCCUCCUGUCAAUCUUGGCAUGGCGGUGGCAUUUCAGUGCCAAAGAAGCACGAAAGUGCCUCUGUACUUAUAUAUGGGUACUUUUGAAAAAAAAAACCCCAGGUGGUCAAAAUUAACUCCAAGUUCCUGCAGCGUCCCUCAUCAGCUAUUGGCCCUGAAGUGUGAUGUUACUUGUGCAAGUACCAGGAAGCAUUCACACAUCCUCCCCACAUGACGUCUUGUGUACUUUUUAUUCCUUGCCUGUGAUGUUUCCAGCUAAUGGGUCAAUAUAUGAGGUACAGUCCUUGCAGAUUGGAACACGACAAUUUGGGGCCUUCAAGCCUUCAACUAGGUGACAUUGUACACCUUGUAAAAUUAUAUUACUGCAAAAGUGUAUAAACCAUCGAAACUACUGCCUUGCUUGCGCUUUAGACAUAAGGCACCUCGAAUUUUUACUGUUCUCCCAGUGCUGUUCAGUAUGCUCACGUCAACACAAUUCUGCAGUUAAAAAAGUGUUUAUGUCCCACGAUUUACACUUUCAAUUGAGAAUUAAUUUUUACUUAUGUCCUCUAGGAAAUGAGCAAUUAUUGAUGGAAAUGCUUGUCUUUUGUGUUGCUGGAGUGACUGCAAUGAGCAGUAAAAUGGUUUUCUUUUUCGUGA